AUGAGGCCCUCCAUACUCCUGGCCCUGCUGGUCCUGGGUGCAUUCUGCCUUGCUGGAUGGAUAGAUGCAAAGCCCAGUGACACAGAGUCUGAGUCUGGCAGAAGUGCAGCCUUUUUGUCCAAACGUGAGGGCAAUGAGAUGGUGAGGAGACCCAGACGUCAAGUGGAUCCAGGGCUGGGAGCCCCAGCUCCUGCCCCAGAUCCCAUGGAGCCCUUGAGAGAGGUGUGUGAGCUCAACCCGGACUGUGACGAGCUGGCCGACCAAAUUGGCUUCCAGAAUGCCUAUCAGCGCUUUUACGGCACACAUGCAGUUUAG